ACGCAGGCAGACAAACCUUCACCCGUUUAGAUGAGAAUACAUACAAUUAAAUACAUAUUUGACCACACUCUUGACAGAAAAUAAUUGUACAGAUUCCUCUUUUCUAACCACAAAACUUGUUAAUGCACCAGUUCCUUUUCUCUUGUUGCUUGUACCCUCCUCGCCAAAUUUGGAGAUUCAAUCACCGUUACACAUUCAAACAACCAAAAAUACAUUGAGUACCUCGGCGGGCCCAAAGUUUGCACUCGUCUUCAAGUGUCUUCUCAAAGCGUGUCCUUCCGAAUGCCAACCAGUAUAUUGAUCUUACUCCCAACUUCAACAUAUUCUCAAGUCUGCAACCUUCUUAGAGGCGGGGUAACUAAGUUGGAAACGAAUUACGUAGUAUCGGUAGGGAAAGCGUGCGGCAGAUAAGUGGAAGGUGCUAUGUUUGACUACGAGAAGAGCCCUGGACCAGGCAAGUUCUGCGACUCAUUUUUCUUAUGAGUUUAGAGACUCCAAGCCUCUCGCAUAUACUGGGACCUGGCUAAUGGUGUGUAAUCAUGUAGGGAAGACGGCCCCUAGGUUAGUGAACGAUCUACUUGAUUACGAUUUAAGGAGAAGCGCAAAGACGGGCAAACACAUUCUCGUAGAUCCGGCGCCAAUAUUCAAUGAAUCCCACGUUGAUCAAAGACUCAUUGCCUCCAAUUGUCACCAUGAGCUUUAUGAAAAAGACUCCCAAACUGCACCUCUCCGCCCACAUGAGAGACCAGAUCCCACAACAAUCUGCAAAAUAGCUGCAUACUGUUCUAAAUGCCGAUAUCAUUUCCUGAUAACAGUGGAUUUCCGGGACUGGAAAGUUGGACAAACUCCUUGUAAUUAUAUGGAUAUGGAAAACCCACUCCAUCACUUUCGAGUAGUUGAUUCUAUAUCGUCGCAGGACUCGAAAAACAAUUACAAAUUUGUGGUGCAUCAAUUUGCAUGCACUGCCACUAUCUGUCCAGCCAAAGUUGAAGUCAAAAUAUUGCCACCUAGGUUGUCCGCGAGUAUGAUAGCCCUCCUGAUAAAUCCUCAAGACACUUUAGCUCGUGGACAGAAAGUGAUUGAGGAAGAUCCCGCAAGAUUCCCGGGACACAGGCCGUUAUAUCCAUUUCAAGUUCUUGGCAAUCUGCGUAAAUAUUUACAAGACGCAGGAAGUGAGAAUAGAAGAGAUAUUGCAGCGAGAAACAAAAGGUUCAGAUUGGCAUUCGGAGACGAUUGUGACAGCCUACUGAGUUACCUGGGUUUCAAGCUCGAGCUGAGACCAUCGCCCAAUCCCGUAGUACGUAUUACAUCAAAAUACUAUGCCUUGUGGUUCGGGGUUUAGUUGACACGUUCUCUUUUUACAAUUCAGUCACAUCACUAACUUUUGUAUCAGGACGAAUUCGAAGCAUUUUGGAUUUUACCCGUUGUAGAUGACAAGAACCGCGUAUUCAUAGACGAUAUCACGUUCGAGCUUAACCAGCUCAUGCUUGAGCGACCAGAUAUGGAGCAAAAGGCACCUUCCGCUCAACCCCUCGACUCUCCCACCUAUGCUCUACCUGAUAUUUUACGAUCUUUGGCUUGCGAUAACUAUCCGAAAAGAGAUGCUGUUCAAAUCUUGGAUUCUAUGGAGCAUCCAUGUUACGCGAGCCUAGGCGCAGUCGAGCAAUUCACGGAUGACCUGUUAGCUUGGAGCUAUGACCGACAAUGCCAAUGUGAUCCGGAGAACAAGCCAUAUUAUCUGGACUGUUUGCGAGACCUUGGUAACGGACGUGGUAGUUCUGACCUACAAACGAAAGCUACAAUGAUCAUGUCUACUGGAGAAGUCAGCCUGAAAGAUAUCGAGCAAGCUUACUCAUUCUUCGCGCUUCGGAGAGGCGAGAUCAAGUCUGAGGCCGAUGACUACAUUAUUAAUGUUUAUAAGUCCCGUAUUGAUUCUGCACCUCGCCAGAAAGACGAGGCACGCGAAUGUCUGCGCGUGAUAGCAAAGGAUAGGCGAAGCACCGCUAUAGAAACUGUAGCGAACGAUAGGACAAUGACGUUUGAAGAAGCUCUCGAAUUCCUGAGUGUGACUUCAGAUACUGCGUCGGAUAGCAUUGAAGCUGCCGCGGUUGCAAUGGUAUGUUUAUAGCCUUCAAUAAGAGCUAUUUAAAGAAUCCCAACUAACUUUCAGAUAGUCUUUCGAAGGUGAUAAGGGUAAAGUUGCAAAAGCCUUAAGAGCUAUUGCUAACAACCGCGGUAAUGAUUAUACCCUGCAGCGUGCGGCCACAUCCAUGGAGUCAGGGACUGAAGAUUCAAAUCUUGACGUUGGCGAGGCGUAUAAUCGACUUCAAAUCAACGAUAGGCGUGCUCCAGAUGAUACUGUACUUGCCUAUUACGAAAGUUUGAGGGCUGGUGCUCCUGCUGGAUCAUCAGAUAGCUAUACAGAGGCGUUCCGGGUGAUAGCUCAUGAUCGACAGAGUAGUUACUUGUUAAGAAAACUUGAUGAUCCGCAUGCUGAUAUUCAAGCGGAAAAGUCAACAGUUAAUCAACCUGUUGGCCUGGACAACAUCGGGAAUACUUGCUAUCUGAACAGCCUUCUUCAAUAUUACUACACGGUCAAAUCUGUUCGACAGGUAGUUAUGAAUUUUGAACAAAAUCGCAUGUCCUUAAAUGAGGAAGAUAUCAAGAAGAAGCGUGUUGGAGGUCGUGCGGUCAGUAAGGCUGAAAUCAUCAAGGCUCAAAAAUGUAAGCUACGCAUACUUCCUCGGAGAUGUCAUUUCGCUAAUCGUAUCUAGUCGUGAUGGAGUUACACGAUCUUUUUGAAAAUCUGAAGACUGCCUCAACAAGAUCCGUCAAACCUACCAGAGAGUUAGCCGAAUUGACUAUAUUUAGCUCAGCAGCUGAAGCAAAUUUUCGACGAGCUUCUAUCAGUAGUCCGAGUGGUCCUCCAAACAUCGCAUCCAUGAUGAGCCCCAUCUUUGGACCGGAAGGUCCCCCAACGACCACAAUCCCUCCUCAACGUUCAAAUGGUGAGGACAUUGAAAUGGUCGAACGGCCUGAAGACAAAGACUCAAAUCAACGUGAUGAUAGUAGUGAAGGCACAUUAGUGGAGGCACCAGACAUGGAUGGCCUACCUCCAUACUCUGAUGUUGUUGGUAAAACAAGUGCAGCAGUAGAAAAAGUCUGGGCCAGCAAGACAGAGGACACUAGCAGUACAUUUGACGAUGCUGUCAUGGUCGAUGGUGAUUCGAUAUCCCAAGCUCCGGACGUCGUCCCCACCGCACCAGAUAAGCCACCUCCAAUUCCUCCAAGAAAUAAAGCUGGCCUUUCCAUACAGACAAGUGACCAAAAAGAGGUCAUCACCGACGAUGACUUAUGGAAAUUUGGAUCGCAGCAAGAUGUUACAGAGGUUAUUGGAAACGUGAUGUUUCGUUUACAAUGUGCUAUUAAACCAACCAGUAUCGAUCCUGUGUCUGGUGAGCAAAUCGACAAUAUCAGGGACACAUUUUAUGGUGCAAAUGCCUCCUACCUUAGAAAGUCGCAAAAGUUAGAGAAGAAAGUUGAGCCAUGGGCUAAUCUUAUCAUCUUCCCGGAUGAGAACAAAUCUCGAGACAUUUACGAAGCAUUAGAUGUGGUCUUUGAUGAACAGCAGGUACAUAUUGAUGGUACUGUUCAACCACAAUACGCAUCUAUUACUAAACUACCUCCCAUCUUACAAGUACAAAUCCAACGUACACGUUACGAUAAUAUUAAGCAUACGGCAUAUAAGAACAGAAAUGCGGUAAUAUUCCCAGAGACGAUAUACCUUGAUAGAUAUAUGGAUUCUGAAGAUCCUGACUCUACUUUGAUGCGUCGUCGCCAAGAAGCAUGGAAAUGGAAGGCUCGUAUCAAUACUCUGGAAGAGCGGCAACGGACCCUCGGGCAAGAGAAAACAGCAGAAGAAAUCUCUGUUUCUGAUGCGCUAUCCGCAGCACAUGGUUUUACUAAAAGUUUGCAGGAGAUGGAUGAUAUUGAAGUUGACACAGAUUUAAUCACAAUGCUUGAAGAACGUCAAGCAGAACUGACCCAAGAGAUUCAAAGAAACAACGAAGAAAUCCAGCUCCUCAAACAAAAACGAAAUGAACAAUUCACCAACAUGACAAAGUAUGAAUACAAACUUCAAACGGUAUUUAUCCAUCGUGGUGAAGCUGGUGGUGGUCAUUACUGGAUCUACAUAUAUGAUUUUGAAAAUGAUAUCUGGAGAGAAUACAACGAUGAAUAUGUUACGGAAGUGCGUGAUCGUCGUAGAAUCUUUGAACACGAAGCUGCUGGUGCGAGUGGCACUCCUUACUAUCUCGGCUACGUACGAAGUUCGGAUGUGAAGGAUUUGGUAGGAGCUGUGCAUAGGGAAUUGAGAGAAGUUGAGAUGCCAAAUUUACCUCCAGCUACAAGUACGAAUUCGUGGGCUAAAAACUUAGAGGAUGGUGUUGAGGUGCAUCAUAAUGAGGAUGUAGAGAUGGGGGAAGUGAAGAAUGCGGGAUUUGUGAACCCGCGGCACAUACACAUUAUGCCGAAGAAGGAUGUAGAAGAUAAGACGGGUGUUACUUCGCAAGUGCCAUUGGAUGAACAUGGCAAUGCGUGGUAAUAUUUUCAGUUAUGCUUCGGAGCUUGAAUGGGUAGAUGACUGAUUGGGACAUGGUGUUUAAUUCCAGGUAGUCUUGGAAGAAGGGAGCAUAUGGUGGGAAGACGGAAGAGGCAGAUUUGAUACUGGAUUAUUUGCUUUGAUAUGAUAUGGUAUGAUAUGAUUAACGAAUUGAAUGGAUUGGAAUGAGAUAGCAUGAUAUCCCAUGCGUGCGUUGCGUACACAGCUUGAACUUUUUAUCGUUUAUCUUCAGGUGUUGCGUACAUAUGAAUGGAUCAUGAUGGUAUUUCGGUAUUUGAUACCUCUCAUAUUUGUUGAGCGGGUCGUGAGCUUGUGAGCAUUGCUUGCUUGGUUGUCUAGAGAGAAUAAAGAAAUAGGAAUAAACUAAAGAUCGGUUGAUGGCAGAGAAUCUGUCUAUGAAGAUGAAGAUGGAGGUGAAGAUGAAUAAGUGUAUAUAGAAUUAAUGUGUUUGUUUUUUUAUGAAACAAUGAAUGAAGUUGGAGUAAGUAACUCUAUUCAUUAGUGUUAUAGAAUUCAAUCUACAGU